AUGUUAUCUCCGAGCGUGCUGGAGCUGUCGAAGCAGCUGGUGCAGCUCGACAGCCAGGCGAAGGCCCUCCGCAAAGAGGUGGAGUAUCUUCGCGCCACGAAGCGCUCCCUCGAAGUGUCGAAUAUGACUGAGGGCAAGCUGUCGGAGAUGCGGGAGAGCACGGGCAGCACUGCCAAGUCCAAGUCGCAGCGCUCUCGUGCCUCGGCGCGGCGCAGCGGUACGGCUAGCAGUACCAGCCUCUCUCUUCCGCACGACUUAAUUGACGAUAUGGCGCACAAGUGCAGUGACGUGGAGGCCUCCAUCCGCACGCACAAGGAGCUGCUGAGGGAGAAGGAGGCCCUGCAAGCUGCUCUGGCCAAGGCCGAGGACGCCACCGAGGCGGCCGAGCAGGAGUACCUCGGUAUUGUGGAAGUUGUUGGCAUUAACACCGACGGCAAUUCAAGCUCUGCGAUCGUCCUCAAGAAGAACGCGUACAGCACCGCCCUGAAAAAUGCAGUGGCGGUGUACCACCUGCGUGAGAACGUUCGCAUUCAAAUGGAGGGCCAGUCCCGCGAGCUGCUGCGCCUUGCUGCGAUUCUGCAAGAGACGACCGAUGCGGAGAGUCAGCGUGCCGAGGCCGUCGAGGUACUCGCCGAGCGCAAGGCGAAGCUGGAGGCACUGCGUCACGAGUGCAACACGAUCGCGCGUGCGGCGGCUCGCAGAGAAACGAUGGCCGGCAGGAACCAGCACGGCCUCACAUCGGAGGAUUGCAUCCGUCACCGCAACUUCGACCGCCGGGUCGCGCUGCACGAGCUGUCCAAGGAGGACAACCUCAUCAAGCAGAAUGAUCUGGCCAUUCGCUACCGUGCCAUGCAAAUCGCGAAGAUUCAGGCGCACCUCGAACUGAUCGGUGACGCCGUCACCGGUGACGACAUGGAGGAAGAGGAGCGCAUUGAUGCGGAUAUUGCGGAUGAGCUAGCGAAGGAGAUCAACGACUUGUAUGAUUCCCACAUUGUGGCGAACCUUCGCAUGGACACCAUCGACUGCGACAUUGAGAAGAUGGUGUGGCGCGCCUCUGCGUUUCAGCACGCAAAGGAUAGCACGGUGGUGGAGAUGGAACGUGUCCGCCGCGAGCACCGCCGCUACCUCGACGAGCUACAGAGGACUGUCGAUAAGGAGCGCCUUUCGAACGGCCAGACCAUCUUGCAUCUGCAGCACGAGCUCGAAACCCUUCCUAGGAGCUCUGCCCGCAAGAAGUAG